AAACGGUCUCUUUUUUUUACUACUUGGUUUCCCACACGACAGUUUUCCUGAUUAAAAUCCAUUUCCCUCUCUCUCUCUCUCUUGAUGGUGCAAAGAAGCUGAAGAUUUUGGGCGGUGGGUUAGUAGAAGAAAUGGUGGGUUUUGGGGAGGAGUUGAUAAUAGAGAGCUACAAAAUCCCAUGGCUAAUUUGGAUCCAACUUGUUAUCACCAUUCUUCUCCUCCUCCUCUUUUUCGGCUUCGCUGCCUUCACUUAUGACGCCUCUACCAGCUCCGUCGCGCCGCCGUCUGGUUGCCAACCUGCAGCCAACAACUCCACCUCUCCAAACACAAUAAUUACGGUGGAAAACGAGAGGGCUGGAGGGGACGCAGGAAGUAGUGGAGGAUCGAGCAGAGAAGGGGAAGAUGAGUUGUCUCUAAAGGAUACCGUAAUUCUGGGCAUUUUCCGGCGUCCAAACAAGCGAUUUUCAAGUGCUUCGGGAUAGAAUCUAUCUCAGAGAGCUCUGCAAGUCAACAACAUGAAAAGCAAGAUUGACUAUGCUACAGCCCCUUUCUUGUUUGCAAACACAAUUACAAGCUCAAAGAUCUAAUGCAAAAUUACUAGUGAGCUUCUGUUCAAAAA